UCCAUAACUAACAUUUUCCAAAGAGAGAACUCAAAGGGAGAUGUACAGCAAUGGGGUCAUUUAAGAAUUCGGUUUUCAUCUUGGUCCUUCACAUUCUGGAAGGGGCCCUGAGUAAUUCACUCAUUCAGCUGAACAAUAAUGGCUAUGAAGGCGUUGUCAUUGCAGUUGACCCUAAUGUGCCAGAAGAUGAAACACUCAUUCAACAAAUAAAGGAUAUGGUGACCGAGGCAUCUCCAUAUCUGUUUGAAGCUACAGAAAAAAGAUUCUAUUUCAAAAAUGUUGCCAUUUUGAUUCCUCAAAAUUGGAACACAAAACCUGAAUAUGUGAAACCCAAACUUGAGACCUACAAAAAUGCUGAUGUUCUGGUUGCUGAACCUAAUCCCACAGGUAACGAUGGACCCUAUACUGAGCAUAUGGGAGGCUGUGGAGAAAAGGGUAGUAAAAUUUAUCUGACUCCUGGGUUCCUAGCAGGAAAAAAGUUGCUUCAAUAUGGAUCACAAGGAAGGGUAUUUGUCCAUGAAUGGGCUCAUCUACGAUGGGGAGUAUUUAAUGAGUACGAUAAUGACCAGAAAUUCUACUUAUCCAAUAGAAGAAAAAAACCAGUGAUAUGUUCGGCAACUAUUUCUGGUAAAAACGUACUACGGAAGUGUCAAGGAGGAAGCUGUGUCACCCAAAAAUGCAAAUCCGACAGACUAACAGGACUGUACGAAAAAGGAUGUGAGUUCAUACCUGAUGAAGUUCAGACUGAGAAGGCUUCCAUAAUGUAUUCACAAAAUAUUCGUUCUGUGGUUGAAUUCUGUACAGAAAAAAACCACAAUAAAGAAGCCCCAAACCAGCAAAACAGAAAAUGCAAUCUCCGAAGCACAUGGGAAGUGAUCCAAGAUUCAGAGGACUUUAAGAAAACCACUCCUAUGACAACACAGCCACCCAAGCCCACCUUCUCACUGUUGCAGAUCGGACAAAGAAUUGUGUGUUUAGUCCUUGAUAAGUCUGGAAGCAUGACGAUUGGUGACCGCCUUAAACGACUGAAUCAAGCAGGCAAACUUUUCCUUCUGCAGACGGUUGAGCAAGGGUCCUGGGUUGGGAUGGUGACGUUUGACAGUGCUGCCUAUGUAAAAAGUGAACUUGUACAGAUAAACAGUGCCACUGAAAGAGACACACUUACCAGAAGCUUACCCACAGCGGCCUCAGGAGGAACGUCCAUCUGCUCUGGGAUUCAAUCAGCAUUUACUGUGAUUAGGAAGAAAUACCCAACAGAUGGAUCUGAAAUCGUGUUACUGACCGAUGGGGAGGACAACACUAUAAGCUCAUGCUUUAAUGAGGUGAAACAAAGCGGAGUCAUCAUCCAUACAGUCGCCCUAGGGCCAUCUGCAGCACAGGAACUAGAGGAGCUGUCUAAAAUGACAGGAGGUUUACAGACAUAUGCUUCAGAUCAGGUUCAGAACAAUGGCCUCAUGGAUGCUUUUGGGGCCCUUUCAUCAGGAAACGGAGCUGUCUCCCAGCGUUCCAUCCAGCUUGAGAGCAGGGGAUUAACCCUCCAGAACAGUCAGUGGUUGAAUGGCACGGUGAUUGUGGACAGUACUGUGGGGAAAGACACUUUGUUUCUCAUCACCUGGACAACUGACACUCCCCAAAUCCUUCUCUGGGAUCCCAGCGGAAAGAAACAAGAUGGCUUUUUAGUGGACACACACAUCAAAAUGGCCUACCUCCAAAUCCCAGGCACUGCCAAGGUCGGCAUUUGGAAAUACAGCCUACAAGCAAGGUCACAAACCCUGACUUUGACUGUCACCUCCCGUGCAUCAAGUGGUACCUUGCCUCCAGUUACAGUGACCUCUAAAAUGAACAAAGACACAGGCAAAUUCCCUAGCCCUAUGGUAGUUUAUGCAAAGAUUCACCAAGGAGCCUUGCCAAUUCUCAGGGCCAAGGUCACAGCCCUGAUAGAAUCAGUGAAUGGAAAAACAGUUACUUUGGAAUUACUGGACAGUGGAGCAGGUGCCGAUGCUACUAAGGAUGAUGGUGUCUAUUCAAGGUAUUUUACAGCUUACGAUACAAAUGGUAGAUACAGUGUAAAAGUGUGGGCUCUGGGAGGUGUCAAUACAGACACUCAGAAGGGGAUACCCCAGCAGAUUGGAGCCAUGUACAUACCUGGCUGGAUCGAGAAUGGUCAAGUAAAAUGGAAUCCACCAAGACCUGAAAUUAAUAAGGAUGAUCUUCAAGGCAAGCAAGUGUGUUUCAGCAGAACGUCCUCGGGAGGUUCAUUUGUGGCCUCCAAUGUUCCAAAGGCUCCCAUACCUGAUCUCUUUCCGCCUUGUAAAAUCACUGACCUGAAGGCAAAAAUCCAAGGGGACAGUCUCAUCAAUCUGACUUGGACGGCUCCUGGGGAUGAUUAUGAUCACGGAAGAGCUCACAAGUACAUCAUUGGAAUAAGCACAAAUAUUCUUGAUCUCAGAGACAAGUUCAAUGAUUCACUUAAAGUGAACACCACUGACCUCAUCCCAAAGGAGGCCAACUCAGAGGAAGUCUUUGUGUUUAAACCAGAAGACAUCACUUUUACAAAUGGCACAGAUCUCUUCAUUGCUGUACAGGCUGUUGAUAAGGUCAACCUGAAGUCAGAAAUCUCUAACAUUGCACAAGUAUCUUUGUUUAUUCCCCCAGAGACUCCUCCAGAGACACCUAGUCCUUCUCUUCCUUGUCCUGAUAUUAAUAUCAACAGUACCAUUCCUGGCAUUCACAUUUUAAAAAUUAUGUGGAAGUGGCUAGGGGAAUUACAGCUAUCAGUAGCCUUGGGCUGAGUUUUCCCCGAAAUAAACAAAUCAUCCAUCUUUUUUUUGAUUAUAAAAACUUAUAAAAUGUAUUUUAGACUUCCUGUACGAGGCAAUUUAAUGAAAUAAAAUGCUAAACAACCAGAUACAUAUGCAUAAAAACUACUUAUUCAAAUCCAAAAGUUU